CUCCCUCCCCCGCUCCGCCCGCAGAGCUCCCGUCCUCCCUGCACUGUGCCGCCCGUGCUCCCGGCGCCGAUCCGGCCCUCCCCCCCUCCCUUGAUCCACACCUCGCCAUGUGCGGCGGAGCCAUCCUCGCGGGCUUCAUCCCGCCGUCGGCGGCCGCCAAGGCGGCGGCGGCCAAGAAGAAGCAGCAGCAGCGCAGCGUGACGGCCGACUCGCUCUGGCCGGGCCUGCGGAAGAAGGCGGCGGACGAGGAGGACUUCGAGGCCGACUUCCGCGAAUUCGAGCGGGACUCCAGCGACGACGACGCCGCGGUCGAGGAGGUCCCCCCGCCGCCGGCCGCGGCGGGGUUCGCCUUCGCCGCCGCCGCCGAGGUCGCGCCGCCGGCCCCUGCCCGCCUAGAUGCUGUUCAACAUGAUGGACCUGCUGUGAAACAAGUAAAGCGCGUUCGGAAGAAUCAGUACAGAGGGAUCCGCCAGCGUCCCUGGGGAAAAUGGGCAGCUGAAAUCCGCGACCCUAGCAAGGGUGUCCGGGUUUGGCUCGGGACAUACGACACUGCUGAGGAGGCAGCCAGGGCAUAUGAUGCUGAAGCCCGCAAGAUCCGUGGCAAGAAGGCCAAGGUCAAUUUUCCUGAGGAUGCUCCAACUGUUCAGAAGUCCACCCUGAAGCCAACUGCUGCUAAAUCAGCAAAGCUGGCUCCACCCCCGAAGGCCUGCGAGGAUGAGCCUUUCAAUCAUGUGAGCAGAGGAGACAAUGAUCUAUUUGCGAUGUUUGCCUUCAAUGACAAGAAGGUUCCUGCAAAGCCAGCUGAAAGUGUGGAUUCCCUUCUUUCGGUGAAACUGAAACCUCUUGUGCCUACUGAGACAUUCGGGAUGAACAUGCUCUCUGAUCAGAGCAGCAACUCGUUUGGCUCUACUGACUUUGGGUGGGACGACGAGGCCAUGACCCCAGACUACACAUCCGUCUUCGUUCCGAAUGCUGCCAUGCCGGCGUAUGUCGAGCCCGCUUACCUGCAAGGUGGAGCUCCAAAGAGACUGAGGAACAACUUUGGCGUGGCCGUGCUGCCUCAGGGAAAUGGUGCACAAGACAUCCCUGCUUUUGACCAUGAGAUGAAGUACUCGUUGCCUUAUGUCGAGAGCAGCUCGGACGGAUCAAUGGACAGCCUUCUGCUGAAUGGUGCGAUGCAGAACGGGGCAAGCAGCGGGGAUCUCUGGAGCCUCGACGAGCUCUUCAUGGCGGCCGGUGGUUACUGAGGGUUCUUUGUCAGUGUGGUCUGCGAAUAGCACAAAUGUCCCUUGCAUGUGGCCAAGAUGAAGAACUGGUGGUGCAUGUGGCCGAGAUGAAAGGACUGGUUGCAUCUGCUAUGUUUCGUAGCCGGAUCAGACCCUAGCUAUGGUAAAAGACUUCAUGCUGCCAGCAGCGGAACCGUAUGUCAUGUUUAUAAGUAUUUUCUUGUUGUACAUCGUCUCUAUGAUUGGGUGCAUGUGGGAGACUGGAGUUUAAUAAAUAAAAUACCUUGGUCAUAUGCCUGAUGUAAUGUGCGUGUUGAGUAACUCCUAUAUGAUGAUCGUGCUUAUAUUGUUAAGUAUA